CGGUUAUCACGGUCCGGUCCCGGGAGCCCGGGCUCCGAGCUCCGCCACCCGCCGCUCCGGGGCCAACCGCAUCGAGCGCAGCACCGACGGCCUUUACCCACCUCUCCCGCACCGCACUCCCUUCCUCGCACGCCAGCAGCCGCUCCCCGAGCCCCGCUGAUACCGAACGAGGCCUCCGACCGCCGGCCCGGCGAGCAUCCAGCCACCCCCUCCCCCCACCGCCAGGCCUCCCGGGCCCAGCCCCUCAGUCAGUGCCGGCCCCGCCGCCGCCCGAGGCGGCAGAGCUGCACGUGUGAGGGCACCAGGCGGCUCUCCCGCGGGCCCCGGUUCCCCCCCGCGGGCCCCGGCCCCGCUCACCGGCCACCGCGGCAGGAGGGGCCGCUCCCUGGGCGCCACCGCCCGCCGCACUCGGGCACCAGCCCCGCCAGCGCCGACACCGUGUCGCCGUGACGCCAGUUCCGGCAGGGACUGCGCCGCGCUGGCUGCUGGGAGCUGUAGUCCGGAGAGCAUGGCGGAGGAAGAUGAGAGGAAGGCGGCGCUGGAGAUGGUCCAGGCAGAUGGGACAGAUGGAAACUGCAUCACUUUUGUGUUGCACAAUGAGGACCACACGCUUGGCAAUGCCCUCCGAUACAUGGUCAUGAAGAACCCUGAUGUGGAGUUCUGUGGCUACUGCAUCACACACCCCUCUGAAAGCAAGAUCAACUUCCGGAUCCAGACCAGAGGGGCCCUUCCUGCUGUUGAGCCGUUCCGGAAAGGGCUGAACGACCUGAUGGGUGUUUGCCAGCAUGUGCUCAACACCUUUGAGAGGAGCAUGAAGGAGUACAGGGCCCAGAGGGAAGAGGAGAUGCAGUAGCGUUUGGGGAUGGCAGCCUCCAUGGACGUGUGUAACACCUGUGUGUUGAAUUCCCUGUGCCAAGUAUUUUUGUUUAGUUGUGUUUUUUAUGACUGCUUUGAUGCAAACCUGUAUUUCCUCUUAUAAUAAAGUUUAUGGAGUUUGAUGUUGCA